CAUCCUCGGGCGUUCGGCCGGGUGGUCAGUGGCCUCAGUGAGAAGGGACUGCCUCCUCAGGUGCUCCUGAAUCCUCCGGUGAGGUGCGGGUACUGUGACGCGGACCGCAUAGAGGAAUGGUCCAGCGACUCGAAAGUGGACGGCGGCGUUGCGGUCGCUUAUUUCGGCCCGGCCGACAGCAAUGCGGUCGCCGAUUUCAGUCCGACUGACGGCUUCUCAGGCGGUGUUUCUGACUCAGCCGGCGAGGUGAUGUUGAAUGGCUCAGAUGACGCCGCGGAUGGCUGCGAUGUGGGCGGCGGUUGA